AGAAAAGCAAAUAAGAUUGAAAUAAUGCGUGGAACAACGAACCCUCUUGUUGUUGGACGUGUAAUAGGAGAUGUGGUGGAACCAUUUGCAUGUUCGAUUCCUCUGAGAGUUGUGUACAACCAUAACAAAGAAGUGAUCAACAGUGGUGAACUCAAACCCUCCCAAAUAAUCAUCCCUCCAAGAGUUGAGGUUGGUGGAGAUGAUCUCAGGACCCUUUACACUUUGGUCAUGGUGGACCCUGAUGCACCCAGCCCAAGUAACCCAACUAUGAGGGAAUAUCUUCACUGGAUGGUAAUCAACAUUCCAGCAACAACAGGGACAAACUUUGGAGAAGAGAUUGUGAGUUAUGAAAGUCCAAGACCAACAUCAGGGAUUCAUCGUUUAGUAUUUGUGUUGUUUAAACAACCUGGUAGACAGUCCAUACAUGCUCCUGGGUGGCGUCAAAAUUUCAUCACCAGAGAUUUUGCCGAAUAUUACAAUCUUGGACCACCAGUUGCUGCUAUCUACUUCAAUUGCCAACGUCAAUCUGGUUCUGGGGGAAGGAGACUCAUCUUAUAAUCAUCAUCAUAGAGAUUUAUAUGUACUAUACAAGUCUAAGUUUCAUACUAAAAUAACAUAAGAUCUUUGAUGGAGAGUAUAAGUGUUUAGAACUUAGGUUAUCAGAAUGAGAUUUUCAUAAAUAGAACGUGAAGUAUGUAUUUGGUUGGUAGCUUUAUGUAUCAAGCGAUGUCACCUUUAUUAGAAGUUCGACAUUGAAUAUAAAUAA